AUGGGCUCGCGCCGCCGGAGCAAGCCCGAGGCCCCAAGGAGAGACCCCGCGAGUCCGCCCCCCAGUACCCCGCGGCGGGGAGCCUCCCUAGGUUCUUCCUCACAGAGGCGGAGAAAUGUCUGGCUUAAGCAGGUCAAAAUGCUGCAGAAGAGCACAGACCUCUUGAUAAGGAAGCGCCCCUUCAGCCACCUGGCAAGAGAAAUAUGUAUGAAAUUCACACGUGGGAUGGACUUCAAUUGGCAAGCCCAGGCCCUGUUGGCUUUGGCCCAGGCAGCAGAAGCAUAUUUAGUUCACCUCUUUGAGGAUGCCUACCUCCUCUCCUUACAUGCUGGGCGAGUCACUCUCUUCCCCAUGUAUGUGCAGCUGGCCAGGAGGAUACGCAGCACUGAGGAAGGACUUGGCUGA